AUGUGGCGUUUAGAAUCUCAAAGGAUGCUGUGCUCUUCCUCAAAGGAUCACUUCCUCAAUGCUGCUGAUGAUUUGCAUGAGUGCGGACUGAUGGCACUGGUGUUCCCCGUCACCUCUCUGAACUGGUGUAUAGAGGGAAGAACUCUAUACGAAGAUGGAGACAGUCAGCGUCGCAACAAAGUGGAGAUCCCACAGGAGAUUGAUGUGGACAGUGAGAUGUCAGAAAGUGGUUAUCCAUCCGGUUAUCAGGAGUUGCCAGAAAAGACUGUUACCAGUUAUCUAACUGAAAGUGAAAACCAGUUAGAUUUACAACAAGUAAACCGCACAGAUCAGAGUGCAAAAAAGGACAACUGGACUAAACUAUUAAAUAAUACCUUUAGAAUCUCAAAUGAUGCUGUGCUCUUCCUCAAAGGCUCACUGGUCACACGUGUCAUGCCCUCUUUCUACGUCUUCCUCUUCAUCAUUAGUUUGCCUCUAAACACUUUAGCCCUGCUGACAUUCACCUGUAAGAUUAAAGUAAAGAAACCGGCUGUGAUCUUCAUGUCAAACCUGGCGUGUGUGGAUCUGCUCUUAACCCUGCUGCUGCCUCUCAAGAUCCACUAUCACCUGAACGGAUCUCAUUGGGUGUUUGGUGAGGCGGCAUGUCGUGUGCUGACCUCUGCGUUCUACUGCUACAUGUACUGCUCCAUACUGCUGAUGAUGUGCAUGAGUGUGGACCGACUGAUGGCCGUGGUGUUCCCCAUCGCCUCUCUGACCUGGCGACUAAGGAGAGCUGUGAUCAUGAUCAUCGCCGUGCUGAUAGAGUUUGUAGUUUGUUUUGCACCGACCAAUGGAAUCCUGUUGUAUCACUGUGUUCUUCUGGCCACAGGAGGUGUCGGCGGGGAGGUAACCACAUCAUAUACGGCUUACAUGUUGGCUCUGUGUGCGGGCUGCUCAAGUGUUUUUCUAGACCCUCUGCUGUACUACUACGGGUCGUCUCAGUGCAGACAGCAGAUCAGGUCUGUUUUAAAGUGGAGAAAAACAAAUAGAGCAACAACGAUAUCAAGCACUCAGGCUCACGUUAGCAUGUGA